AUGGCUUUUGCACUCAUCGGCCGUGCCUACAGGGCCAACAGGGCACUACGACCGUGUAGCCGAAGCAAAAAAUUUGCGCUGGCCGUGAUGACAGGCUUGGUGGUUGAUGAUGCUGAAGAGCGCCUGGGCUGGCGCGAUGAUUUCGUGCCAGAGCUGCUGGAUAAGUAUCCUCAACUUUGCCUUCUCGUCCUGAGGCGAUCACCUCUUUACCGUCUAGACGGUGAUGGAGGAGAGAGGUGGAAGCCAGUGAACAUAGCACUGGGCCCACUGCCAGAGAUGGAGGCAGCGCAACUUUUCCUCCAAAGGUUGCAUCGGCCAAUCUUCCCUGCAGACCUUUCUCGUGACACAGAGAAGGCUGGCGAGCCGCUGCGGCCAAACGAAGACUUGCUGCGUCGAAUGAUGGCACUCCCGGCUUUGGCAGCCUGCAAAGGCUUUCCACGAAAAGUCGUACGUCUGGCCGCCGAGGUGACCUGGGAGCUUCCCUCCCUUUUGCAUCUGCAACCUGAGAUCUAG